AUGCUCUUCACCUGGUCGGCCAAGAACCUCUGUAUCAUCUUCCCCCAGUGGCGCAUCACCGGCCCAUUUACCUUCCUCUUCUCCCUCGUCCUCAUCGUCGUUCUCACGGCGGGCUACGAAGCCGUCCGCCAAAUCACCCGGCGGUACGAAGCUGCUCAUAACCAGCGCUUGAACGCGUUUACGACGACUUCCACAACGGGGGACGAUGAGAUCGCCGCCGGAUCUUCCACUGCCACUGCCAGCGUCUCUGCAGAGGCUGCACGCCACCCCAUUCAGGAUGAAGACUCACCGCUGCUUAUAGGGAGGGAUAAUAGAGCGGCGCUGGCGCGUCGAGGACGGAUUACCUUGGCUGCGUUGUAUGCGGCGCAGGUGUUUUAUAGCUUUUUUAUCAUGCUUCUCUUCAUGACUUAUAACGGCAUGGUCAUGCUUGCGGUCGCUGUUGGCGCGUUCUUUGGGUAUCUCCUCUUCGCCGACGGCGCUCCGGCUGCCAAGACGGUGGCUUGUCAUUAA